AUGAUGGAUGCUCGAGGCGGUCUGGCAGGUCUGCUCCAGGGGUCCAGACCUGAUCUGGCGCCCGGGCUACCCACGCCGGCCGCUGACAGGUAUCGACUGGCCUCAGAACCAGCCCGUCUCCGUGUGGUCGCCGCGGUGAUGCUGCUGCUGCGGUUGUUGUUAGGACGCACAACAGCCGGCCACACCAGCACCACGGUAAUCCACAUAGUCCUCUCAGAGCCUUCAUGGUUCUCUGCUGAUGGUCCUGAAGUUUAUGUUUGUGAGGCCUUUUCCAGCUCCAGAGCCCAGCCACCGUCCACGCCUCCUUCCCCCCCCCCCCUCACACUGAGAGAGGAGACCCCAGAGGAGGAUGGUCUGCCCCACAUGGUCCAGGCCCUGUCAGAGUCUGUCCCCAAAGACCUGGAUGUCCUGUUCCCUGGCCGGACCACAGAGGAGGUCCAGACCAGAGAGGAGGUCCAGCCCAGAGAGGAGGACCAGACCAGAGAGGAGGACCAGACCAGAGAGGAGGUCCAGACCAGAGAGGAGGUCCAGACCACAGAGGAGGUCCAGACCAGAGAGGAGGUCCAGACCACAGAGGAGGACCAGCCCAGAGAGGAGGUCCAGACCACAGAGGAGGUCCAGACCACAGAGGAGGACCAGACCACAGAGGAGGUCCAGACCAGAGAGGAGGUCCAGACCACAGAGGAGGACCAGACCACAGAGGAGGUCCAGACCAGAGAGGAGGUCCAGACCACAGAGGAGGUCCAGACCACAGAGGAGGUCCAGACCAGAGAGGAGGUCCAGACCAGAGAGGAGGACCAGACCACAGAGGAGGUCCAGACCAGAGAGGAGGUCCAGACCACAGAGGAGGUCCAGACCACAGAGGAGGUCCAGACCACAGAGGAGGUCCAGACCAGAGAGGAGGUCCAGACCAGAGAGGAGGACCAGACCACAGAGGAGGUCCAGACCACAGAGGAGGUCCAGACCACAGAGGAGGACCAGACCACAGAGGAGGACCAGACCACAGAGGAGGUCCAGACCACAGAGGAGGACCAGACCACAGAGGAGGACCAGACCAGAGAGGAGGACCAGACCACAGAGGAGGUCCAGACCAGAGAGGAGGUCCAGACCAGAGAGGAGGACCAGACCACAGAGGAGGACCAGACCACAGAGGAGGUCCAGACCACAGAGGAGGACCAGACCAGAGAGGAGGACCAGACCACAGAGGAGGACCAGACCACAGAGGAGGACCAGACCAGAGAGGAGGACCAGACCAGAGAGGAGGACCAGACCACAGAGGAGGUCCAGACCAGAGAGGAGGUCCAGACCAGAGAGGAGGACCAGACCACAGAGGAGGACCAGACCACAGAGGAGGUCCAGACCAGAGAGGAGGACCAGACCACAGAGGAGGUCCAGACCACAGAGGAGGUCCAGACCACAGAGGAGGACCAGACCACAGAGGAGGUCCAGACCACAGAGGAGGACCAGACCAGAGAGGAGGUCCAGACCCCAGAAGAAGACCAGACCAUUGAGAAAGACCAGACCGUGGUGGAUACGUCAGACACUGAGGAUGAGGAGGAUGAGGAGGAUGAGGAGAACAUAUCUGAAGUCCAGCCGAUAACUUUGGUCCAGUCCAUAAGUUUAGACCAGACUUCAGACACCGAGGAUGAGGAGGAUGUGGAGGAUGAGGAGCCCAACGCUCCCCCUGAGCACCUCUCCAUGGGGGAGCCAAAUCCCUCGGUGCAGGUCCUCUCUGAGACCGACCUUGAGCCUGAGGGUGAUGCAGGAAGGUUCAGGAGAAGAAGCCUGAACUUGGAGAACUGUGGACUCCCAAACGGUGCUUACUGGUGUUACCAGAACGCCUUGGUGCAGCUCCUGAGGACAGCAGGACCUCUCAUGUCCACGCUCAGCGCUCAGGAGACUGUUUGGACUCAUUGUGAGGAAGCAGAGCUGCUGAGUGUCUACACGUCGGCCUCUGUCUGCAUGCAGACGCUGGUGCAGAGCUUCAGGCGGACUGUGGCCCUCUCUGCUCCCAUGUUUGGAGGCUCUGAGCAGCAGGAUGUCCAUGAGUUCCUGAUGUCACUGAUGGAGCAGAUCCAGGGCCUGAGCUCCAUCUUGCAGGUGUUUGCCUGGAGCCAGGAGCUGGAGUACGUCUGCCCGGUGUCAGCGCACGUGACCUUCUGCAUGGACAGCACCAGGACCUGUAAGAACUGUGGUCAGGGGUCCUCAAGGCAGGAGACCUUCACCAUCCUCUCCCUGGACCUGCUUCCUGAUCGGUCUGUGGACGAACUUCUGCAGAACCAUUUAAAGCAUCAGUUCAGGUGUGGGUGUGAAGGCCGGCGUUCUGGCAUGACCUCUGCCACUCUGCCAAAUGUCCUAAUCCUCCACCUCAAGAGGUUUGCGCAUGACCACAACUUCAAUAUGCAAAAUCUCAAGUAUAAGGUCAGACUGGACCAGAGGAUUGUGCUCAAAUCCAAACAGGACACGGCACAGUUCAAUCUGGUGAACGUCGACUCUCAUUUUGUCUUGUUGAGUGACUGA